UGUAACUAAAGGUGGUCCACAGAUUGCUUAUGAACACAGCUUUAGAUGGAAACUUGCUCACUUCCAUUAUUUGUGCCAGUCUAAUGCACUACCCAGUCAUGUAAAGAUCAAUGUAUCCAGGCAGACACUAUUUGAAGAUUCCUUCCAACAGAGAAUGGUUUUUCUUGCUUUCACAUGAAGUUUUGAACCCCAUGUAUUGCUUAUUUGAGUAUGCUGGCAAGAACAACUAUUGUCUUCAAAUAAAUCCAGCAUCAAUCAUUAACCCAGACCAUCUUUCAUACUUCUGUUUUAUUGGUCGCUUUAUUGCUAUGGCACUUUUUCAUGGGAAGUUUAUUGAUACUGGUUUCUCUUUACCAUUCUACAAGCGUAUGCUAAGUAAAAAACUGACUAUUAAGGAUUUGGAAUCUAUUGAUACUGAAUUUUACAACUCCCUUAUCUGGAUAAAAGAUAACAACAUUGAAGAAUGUGGCUUAGAAAUGUACUUUUCUGUUGACAUGGAAAUUUUGGGAAAGGUUACUUCACAUGACCUGAAGUUAGGAGGUUCCAAUAUCCUGGUGACUGAGGAGAACAAAGAUGAAUAUAUCAGUUUAAUGACAGAGUGGCGUUUUUCUCGAGGAGUGCAGGAACAGAACAAAGCUUUCCUUGAUGGUUUCAAUGAAGUCGUCCCUCUUCAAUGGCUGCAGUACUUUGAUGAGAAAGAAUUAGAGGUUAUGUUGUGUGGCAUGCAGGAGGUUGACUUGGCAGAUUGGCAGAUAAAUACUGUGUAUCGACAUUAUACAAGAAACAGCAAGCAAAUCAUUUGGUUUUGGCAGUUUGUGAAGGAGACAGACAAUGAAGUAAGGAUGCGACUAUUACAAUUUGUCACUGGAACCUGCCGUUUACCUCGAGGAGGAUUUGCUGAGCUCAUGGGAAGUAAUAGGCCUCAAAAAUUUUGCAUUGAAAAUGUUGGCAAAGACACCUGGUCACCAAGAAGCCACACAUGUUUUAAUCGCUUGGAUCUACCACCAUAUAAGAGUUAUGAACAACUAAAGGAAAAACUUCUUUUUGCAAUAGAAGAGACAGAGGGAUUUGGACAAGAAUGAAUGUGGCUUCUUGUCUUGGAGGAGCUCUUGCAUUUAAAUACCCCAGCCAAGAAAAAUUGCACAGAUAGUGUAUAUAUAAGCUGUUCAUUCUGUACAGUGAAUUUUCUGAACCUCUCAAAGUAUAAAUAUUUUUCAUUCUUCCACAGAAAUAUGCAAAACAGUUCAUCCUUUUCUACUUUAUUUAUUGUUCCCUUGAAGUGACUGACCAGGAAAAAGAUCAUCCUUAAAUUUUGAAACAAGCAAGAAACUUUAUUAAAAAUAAGUAUAUAUCUAUAUAAGCAUAUAAGAUAGUGGCUCUAGUUUUAUAGAGCUCCAAGUAUAUUAAACAUGACAGCUGUUCAUUCAAGAAAUAAUCUGGAUUUGCUUUACCUUGUUUCUAGUAUCCAGAGGAAAAAGCACAAAUUGCUUCAUGAUCUUCUCCCUUAUAUAACACCUUUUGAGGGUGUUUAGUUGCAUGGCUGUUCAGGAAAGUAUUAAGGGCUUAGGCCAAAUCUUACUUUGAGUAUGUUAAAAAAUGCUGCUGGCUUUUCUGAAGGACAGGCAUUUGAACCUGUCAGCUCAUUCUAAAUAAAUACAAUAGUUGAAAAUUUUC